GUAAAAUAUUUUUAUAGCGUUUAAUUUUACUUUUAACCUUACAAACGGUAAUGAAUUGGUGACUGGUAGAAGGAAACGUUUUCUGUGCAGAUAUGAAAUGUAGUUAAUGCAAAUGGAAGUGGUUUUAAAGUGUGUAAUAGUGCAGUUGUCUGCCAAAAACUAGACGUUUGCCCCUCGUUGAAACGAAUAUUGAUUUUUCCUUGUGCUGGUCAGGUUCCCAAAUCAAGCAGCAGUUCAAAUAGCAGCUGGUUGAUCUUAAAGCGAGUGUCAACGCUAAAUUUGCGUGUGUCAAGAUCGGCAAUAAACAAAUAUGUGUCUAGAUCUGCGGCGUAAGUUCGACGGCAGACCCGAAAGGAACAACAGUACAGUGUAAAUCCGGAAGGAACACAAGCAGUAAACAGCACUUUUAUGUUCUGUUUCUUCGAUUGCGAAUGAUUGAAGACUAAGAUCGUCGACAGAGCGUACAGAGCGUUUGACCCCUGCCGGACGAAUCGGCUAAAGCGACGACGUUAUAUAAAAGCAACAACAGUAACAACAACUGUUGUAAGAAGUGACUCGUUUUUUGUUGCAUUCGUGUUCUACGCGCGAGAAGGAAAGCAGUCGUUAUUAUUCCUUCGUCUGAAUAACUGGACGCUGCCACAUACCUAAUGGAAGUUACUAAACUGAAGUGGUUGGUGAAUUAUGUUUUGAUCCGUAAUUAUAGACCAGAGCAAGUGAAUUAGUGUACGAAAGUGUUGUCACUGUCGAGGAAAGAUCUUGUUCUUACUGUGUAGUAACCGAACGUGAACGUGAUAGCACUAGAGUUGCGGUUUUAGGUUUGCUCGCUAGGCGUUUUAUCGGCGGCAUGGGAGGAUCGGUCAGUCAGGUUUUCCGAUCUGGGAGUGCCCUGCUGUCCAAUCGUGACGGGCACAAAGUUUCGGAAACGACGGUCGAUAAGGUGAACACAAUAUUCGACGCACUCAGGGCGAAUCCAAAGAUUUCGAUUCAGCGGUUGGAACCGCUACUGCUGCAAAUACCGAAGUAUGAAAACAUCUUAGCAAUACACGACGAAACAGGUUACAAUCUUCUACAGAAAAGUGUAGGUCUCAAUCACAUAGAAUUAGCCAGAUGGCUGUUACAGCGGCACCGUCCAGAUGUAAAUAGGAGUUCUUGUUCGCUGCCACUGCACAUCGCCUGCCUAAAAGGGUACGAGGAAUGUGUAGAAUUGCUACUAAAACACGGUGCCAGAAUUGAUACAGAAGCGAGAAUGUGCUUCCCCGGUGUUCAUUCUCACAACUGCGAAGAAAGUGGAAAGUACAAAAAUCAAGGUGACGAUGUCGGCGUAUGUGAGCGACCGAAUACAAAGUUGCAAAAUGCAGUCUGUUACGCCAUCGACGGCGAUCAGAUCAACGUACUUAACAUCCUAGCGCAAAAGAUGGAAGAACCGUGGAUGCCAUUCCGAGUGCGAAAACCCUUGCUACACAUUGCAUGCGAACGAGGCGCUUGGAAGUGUGUGCAGCAUCUCGUUCAAACCCGGUCGGAUGAGAUUAAUCUCAUCAAGGAUGAGUACUAUCCGAUACACCAGGCAGUACUGCACGAUGGACGCUUCCUAGAAUUACUGAUUCAGCAUGGUGCCAUUACGACAGUGCGUACGUGCACCCAGCAGAUGACACUGCUGCAUGUCGUCAUCCUAGCGGCCAGGAAGUCGGCCGAAGAUACUCUCAACACCAUUCGAAUACUGUUAGAACGUGGCUGUAAGGAACUUAUCAAUAGUCCUGAUUCGCUAGGCAAUACUCCUUUACACGCAAUUAUUGUGCGCUACGCACUAGAGGAAGCGAGGUAUGGUUAUGACAAGUGGAAUAAAUGGGAUGUUUUGCAUCUAGUGCGCUUUCUGCUGCAGAACGGUGCUAAAAGCUCAAUCAACCAAACAGGAAACAGCGCAUUGGCAUGCGUUUUCCGUCAUAUUCGAGAUUGGGAAGUGUGCUAUGAGCUGUUAAACAUGCUAAUAAAGGAAGGAGGCGAUCCUAAUAUUGUGGGAAGAGACGGGUCAGUUCCGAUUAUGGUGUGUUUAGUACCUCUGAUAAACAAAGAUCCAUUGCAUCAUUUCACUCAUUCAAUGAAGGUCUGCUAUCUGAACUGCAUUCGAAUAUUGCUGCAGAAUGGCGCCAAUCCCAAUUGUUCGUAUCGGUCCAACUUGACGCCGCUGCACGUGCUGAUAUUUACCGUGUCCGAAAACUUUACUCUCAACUGUGAUACGCAGAAGCGCGCCAACUUCGACUUCAUCAAAAAUAUUCUAAUCCUGCUGCUGCAAUACGGGCUGGAUUGCAACAUUACGUCGCAGCACAUUCUGCAGUCCGUCAUUGACAUGAUUGUCAACGUUCGUACCUGUCCGGAUAUUCUAUGCGUUUACGAGCUGCUGUUGGUGCUUAUUCAGUACGGUACUGAUCCGAACAUUACUCUGAGUAAUAAGCUCAUGAUGAGCGGUAGUAGUAGUUCGUCCAUAAAUUACGUGAACGAUUUCAUUAAUUUUGGUGGUAUGCGAGCGGUAGGAGCCGGUGAAGUUGCUGGUCCCAGUGGAACUGCACCCGCCGGUUCAUCUUCAGCCACUAACGGAGCCGUAGCUACUGUCAAUGGCAAUGGUAGCGACAAUCUACGGAGCUCCUUCCGGAACAACGCACGUAAUUAUCUGUUAUUCUAUUACAUUAUGUUAAUUACAAGGAAAGAGUUCAUUUUACUGGAUCGCGAACAAACUUAUCAACGUAUUAUAUAUCUGUUCUACUACUCUAUGAGGCACGAAACACUAUUCAACUGCCUAAAAUCACUGCACAAUUUGUUCAUAGCGCAGGUUCCGAACAAAUCUAUCGAUAAUCUAAGGCAUUUGAUCAUCACCCUGUAUAAGAAGCCUCGCAGUUUGAAACAACUCUGCCGGGUGUGUAUAUACAAUAGCCUAAACAAAAAGCUUGCCCCUAGCAUAAAUCGGCUCAACUUGCCGCUUCCCUUGAAAGAAUACGUGCUGAACUUUGAAGGAUAGGCAGUGUAUAAGCCGGCUAUAUUCGCUAUCCAAAUCAAUCUCUCUCUAUAAAUAUAAAUGUCCACGUUUUCAAUGUUAGAUAUCGUGUAAAUAGGCUUAUAAUAAAAUGAAUCCGGUCGAUAGUACACAGAGGAACCUAAUAAAACAAUCACUACCGAUGCUAAAGCAGGACACAAAUUGCAUUACAUUGAUGACGACGGGGUGUUAACUGAUUACAGGUGAAUUAGGAAAACAAAAACCCACAGAUAUUGCAAAUAUUUUGUCCCUUCAACGUUUUUCCUGACACAGUUUUUUUUCACAAAUCUUUUUCCCACAAUUCCGAGCAGAAAAGAAAAACACACUUUAGAAUAUUCGCUUCACCAGCAACAGUCGACUUCACGUAUAUUUACAAGAUAACAGAAUAGUGUUUAAAAAAAUGUUUCAA